GCCAGGCAUAGUCCUUCUUGGUCUGCAGACGCCCUUCGAUUUACCGUUUCGUUUGCCGUUUCCUUAUUCUUUUCCUCCUUCUCCCUUUCGUCUUCCGCCCCUUGUCUUUCCACAUCGAUUGUUUUUUUAUUGUUUUUUGUGCCCGUCUCUGCGACCCCCCUCGUCCCCUCCAUGUCACUGUCUUCCUUUGUUGGAGGGCACGACUUAGCGCGGACUUUCUUUGACGUCGACGCUUUGGCACACGCGUUGACGGAUGACCGUUUCGCAUACACGGGCCGCAGGAGCGGCCAGAGGCGGCCCCCUGGAGGGGAAUAUUCACCGCCACCGUUUGUGUUGCAGAGUCCUCAAUGGUCAAGUUCGUCGCUCAGCGGCGUGAGAGGGAGGGAGUCCGGAGCGAGUGAGGUGGGGUCCGGCAGACGCAGCGACGGCGGCAUAGAUAUUGCAGGAUCGAUGCCUCCACCACCUGCACGGACUCCGGAGGCCAGGGUCGAUGCCGGGGACCAGACGGCGGCACCCGGAGUUGCGCACAGCGGCAGUUCCCCGCCGACAGUCCGAGAUGGUGUGGGUGGCGGAUGGUUAUCUGUUCGUCGGGUCGGGGACCGAUUGCGGGCGGAUUACGACGUCGGGAGGGGCGUCUUCACCGGACGUACGCCAGUUGAGACGCAGGCCGUGGAGGGUGGGUCCGGACCUCCGAGCCUGCAUAUGGCAGGCCGCAUGCUCGGUUUGUCACGAGUGGAGACGAGGAGAUCAUUGGUCCUCGAGGCCGCAGGGACAUCCACGGACAUGCUGCGGGGAGAGCAGUUCACAUCGGGCGACGAGGGGUUGUUGAUGCGUCCCGGGACGAGACGACAGCAUGGCCUCUCGGAGGUUGAGGCUCGACUCGCGGCAGGGGUCGCCGGUGCCCAGGCAAUAUUGGACGCGAUUCAGAGGGAGAGAGAGAUGGGGAUUGUUGCACGGGCGGCGGAGGACGAGGACGCAGACACAGAGUCCGAGCCGAUUGAGAUUGCGGCCCGCAGACACAGGGCACAGGUGGCCGCAGCAGCCGCUGCAGCACAGGCGACAUACCUCAGCGGAGCACGGGGCACAGGUGCGGGAGGGAGAGGAGGGCGCCGGGGAGGACCGCAUGGCCGCCCGUCCUCCGGGAGAGGCCGCGCGCGCUCUGGAGGGAGAUGACGACGUCUGUGGUUUUUAUUUAUUUUUUUCAUUAGUUUUUUUUAUUGUUUGCAUGGUUGUACAACCUGGACGCUCUGUCGGCAGGGUUGUUGCAUAUUUAUGUCGAUGUUGUUCCAUGGAGACGGCGACAGUAUGUGGACAUUAGUUUUUUUUUUUUUUUUUUGCUACUCGGUUGUACAGUAGAGACGACGGGUCCAGUUUUUGGCKUCAGCCUUGUACAUACGCAUUUCCACUGAAAUGCUUUGUCAGUAGGGUCCAGUUUUUUUUUUGCUACUCGGUUGUACAGUAGAGACGACGGCCCGUCGAUGGGUCCAGUUUUUGGCUUCAGCCUUGUGCAUACGCAUUUCCAUUGAAAUGCUUUGUCAUAUAUUUGCUCUUGUUCGUGUUCCUCUCCCAACCUCGGUUUUGCAUCUGAGUCGCUGUUGUGUGGUGAGUGGUUUCUGGUUUGUUAUUGUGAUUGUUGCAAAUUAUGUGCUUCUCUGAUGCCACAUGGAUGUCUCCAUAAUGAAUGUGCUGUUAAUUU